AUGCUAAAAUCAAUUGGCCACUUACCAAACUAUGAAAAUGUUAAAUGUGGCGAAAUCUAUUGUGUCUCCUCACCGCCAGCUGUCUUCAAUGUUAAUUGCAUCUUGUGCGAACAGAAAAUCAGUUUGGACAAAUAUGUAUUGCAUUUUGAGUCGCAACACCUGACACUGGCCGAAGAAAGUUAUAGUCUGCAGGAUUUGGUUUAUGGUAGUACCAUAAAACCAUUAGAAAUUGUUGAUAUUAAAUUGGAAGCAGAUCCUCCGGAAGAUCCAAUUAAUGCACCACCAACACCACAAGAACAGACAACAGCAACAACAACAAAAGAAGUUAGUAUUGAGCGGCAGGGUAAUCCAGCAGAUUCCAUUGAUGAUGAAGGGGAUUUCGAUGAGAAUAAAUCAUUAUUGGAAAUACUCAAUGAACAAAAGGUGGCAGCAAAGAAAAGAAGAGGCGGUGGUGGUGGUGCCAGGCAACAAAAGAAGCAAGAGUUUAAGAUAGAGCCGGAGACUUCGAGUAAAUUAGAGAAGGGGUUGGCAGUAGCAAUUGAUGAAUGGUCAGGUGUUAAUAAUGAGGUGAUGAAUAUCACCUAUAGCGAUGAAGAUUUUGAUGAUGUUGAUGAGGCUGCUGCAGAUGAUGAUGACGAUUGGUUGGAGCAAAAAGAUAAUGGAACUGCAAGUUCUGAAGACAAUUCCAAUGAUACUGAUAUUGAGCUACCAUAUCCUUGUCUAAUAUGUCAACGAUCAUAUCGUAGCAAACGAAGUUUAGAGAAACACAAUAACCUUGUUCACAAUCCAUAUAGAAAAUCGAAAGCUUCUACCAAGAAAAGCAAAACAAAGCCCAACGACUCCGAACACAAAUGCAACGAAUGCGAUAAGGUGUUUCGUUCUGAGCGUGAUCUUGGUGCACACAAAUUUCAACACACCGGUAUAUUUUGUGAUAUAUGUGGUAAACAGUUUACCCAAGUUGGCAAUAUGCGGCGUCAUCGAAUCCGACACGAUGGCAUCAAGUCACACAAAUGUCCUGAAUGCGCCAAAGAUUUUUUCACCAAAAAAGAACUACUAUCGCAUAUGAUUUGUCACACCGGCCUAAUGCCAUGGAUUUGUGAGAUAUGUGGCAAACGUUGUAGGGAUCGUGGUGUCUUAACGGCCCAUAUGCGUCGUCAUACCGGUGAACGGCCAGCCAAAUGUAUGGUCUGCCAUAAAAGUUUUUUCUCAUUUCACGAUUUAAAUGUUCAUGCUGUGGCGCACACCAAUGAGCGGCCGUUUAAAUGUGAUAUUUGUUCGUCAUCGUUUCAACGCAAGAAAGCCUUGCGUAUACACAAACGUAUUCAUUCCGAUGAUCGUAAAUUUGCAUGUCAAAUUUGUGGAAAAACUUUUGCCCAAUCGGGUGGUUUGAAAUCACAUAUGCGGAAAAGAAAAUCCAUCUCUUCCUCCACCACCACCGCAGAUAAUACUUGUGAAAUUUGUCAUCGCCAAUAUACAUCGUUGAAGACCUACAAUAAACACAUGUUCUAUACACACAAUAUUAAAUUAUAUUCCAGGCGAGUUAAUUACAAAUACAAAUGUGAUGAAUGUGAGAAAGCCUUUCGGACGCCGCGAGAUCUACAGUCACACAAAUUAAAACACGGUGGCACUAAUAGCGAUGCCCCCACUACUAAAUCACAUAGCAAGGCCGAAGAAGACGACGAUAAUAGUGAUGAAGAUGAUGACAAGGACGAUGCUGGAGAAAGUGUACAACAGGAUCGCAAUCUUAAUGAAAGUGAAGAAUUUAUUAAAACCGAUAAUGAAAAUCCGUUGGAAACAUCAUUGGAAGAUUCUAAAAAUGAGGAGAAUAUUGGAAAUGCAAAAAAGGCAAAAAAGGAAAAUGAUUUAACCUGCCGUAUAUGUAAUCGUAAAUAUACCGCCAUCAAGCUAUAUAAUAAACAUAUGUUUGCAACACAUCAAAUCAAAAUACUUUCACGUAAAGUAAAUUACAAAUACGAAUGUGAUGAAUGUGAACAGAGGUUUAGAAUCGAACGUGAUUUGAAGGCGCAUAAAGCGAAACAUUUGAAGUUGGCAGAAAACAACCCCUCCAUUAUAACAAUGUUGCCGAAUAGUGAACAUAAAGAGCAGAAAAGAGGAAGAGGAGGUGGAGGUCAGGUGGUGGAGCCAGCAUCAAAAAAUGUUACAAAUUUAAAUGAAGAAAUAGAUCAACAACAGUCAGCGAAUGAUGAUGAUGGCGAUAAGGCGUCAGGUGAAGACAAUGAUCCCGAAUGGAUAGAUGAUGCUGACAAUGCUGCUGAGAGUGAAAAGGAUGUGGAGGAGGUUGAGAAAAACAAUACCACAGCAGAAUUACGCUGCAACAUCUGCUGGCGCACAUUUAAAGCUCUGAAAUUCCUCAACAAACACAUGUCGCUGCGGCACAAAAUAAAAGUCCUUUCCCGCAAAGUCAAUUACAAAUACAAAUGCGAUGACUGUGAGCAAAUGUUCCGAACGCAACGGGAUCUCAAAGGACAUAGGGUACGCGAGCACUUGGGCAUAUCCUGUGAUAUCUGCGGCAAAAUGUUUGCCCAGGCUGGCAAUAUGCGUAGGCAUCGGGUACGUCACAGUGGCAUUAAGGCCUUCAAGUGCACGGAAUGCCCCAAGGCGUUCUACACAAGUAAAGAACUGAAAUCCCAUACAAUAUGUCAUACAGGGAUAUUGCCGUACAUUUGUGAAAUAUGUGGUCGUCGGUGUCGGGAUGGUGGUGAUUUAUCGGCCCAUAUGCGUCGCCAUACCGGUGAAAGGCCGGCCAAAUGUGAUGUGUGCGGCAAGAGAUUUUUCUCGGUACACGAUUUGAAUACACAUGCGGUUAUGCACAGUACGGAACGGCCAUUUGCCUGUGAGAUAUGUGGUUCUAGAUUUCAAUUGAAGAAAACGUUGCGGGUGCAUAAGCUAAUACAUUUGCCGCCACAAUAUUCGUGUGCCAUUUGUGACAAGACCUUUGUCCAGUCGGGGCAUUUGCGAAUACACAUGCGUAGACAUGGCAAUAUUAAGGACAACAAAACUAACAACAACAGCAACAGCAGUGAAACGGGAGUAGGCGAAUUAUAUGUUCCCACAGUGUAUGAUGGCCCAGCAACGGAUGUUGUAGAUAAUGAAAAAGCUAAACAAAAUGUACAAAGUUCGCAAAAAAUUGCGACCAUAAACAAUAUAAAUAAGCCCACCAUCAUCUCCAACGAUGCCAAUGCUCUAAAACGUCUCUAUAAAUAUCAAUGUACCGAAUGUCCCGACGGCGACGACAACCAAAGAUUUCGUAGUGAACGUGAACUGAAAUGUCACCAAAUGAAAAAACAUACCAUCAUUAAAUGCGAUAUCUGUGGUCAAACAUUUUCCCAGAUGGGUAAUAUGCGACGUCAUCGAAUACGUCACACCGGCAUCAAGGAACACAAAUGUGAACAAUGUUCCAAAGAGUUUUUCACUCGCAAAGAAUUGAAUGCCCACCAGUCGGUGCACACCACAUAUCGGCGACACAUUUGCGAGGUGUGUGGUAAACCUUGUCGAGAUGGUGGUGUUCUGUCGGCCCAUAUGCGUCGUCACACUGGCGAACGGCCGGCCAAAUGUUCGGUGUGUGGUAAAUGUUUCUUUUCCUUUCACGAUUUAAAUUUACAUUCGGUAACGCACAGCGAUGAGCGGCCAUUUUCCUGCAAUCAAUGUGGAUCGAGGUUUCGCCUUCGGAAAGCCUUGCGUAUACAUAUGCGUACCCAUUUGCCGCCUGAGGCGCGGAAGCAUGUUUGUGGUAUUUGUAAUAAGGGAUUUACGCAAACGGGAAAUUUGAAAAAGCAUAUGCAAGUACAUGGUGCCAGCAGCAGUAGUAUUGUGGCUGAGGAUACAAAUAUAUUUACGAAUAUACUGAUGACAUUGGAUAAUAGCUAA